GAGUGCCUCUGCUCAGCAAGCUUUCCAUCAUGAUUGAGCCCUUCUUGGGAACCUGGAAGAUGAUCUCCAGUGAAAACUUUGAGGAAUACAUGAAACAAUUGGGGAUGAGCACAGCAGCCCGGAACCUGGCGGGGUUAGCAAAGCCAAGAAUCAGUAUAAGUGCCAAUGGGGAUGAAGUGAACAUCAAAACAGAAAGUUCCUUCAAGAACACUGAGAUCUCCUUCAAACUGGGGGAAGAGUUUGAUGAAACCACAGCGGACAACAGACAAGUAAAGAGCAUCAUAACAUUAAACAAUGGUGCAAUGAUUCAUGUCCAAAAAUGGCUUGGCAAAGAGACAACAAUCAAAAGACAAAUUGUAGAUGGAAAAAUGGUAGUGGAAUAUAUCAUGAAUAAAACUGUCAGCACUCGAAUUUAUGAAAAGGUAUGAAGGAAGUGUCUACAUCAUGGAAACUUGUUCACUAACAGGAUGCUGGGACUUAAAGAAGAUAUGCCUCAGGGCCGGUGAUUUAAAAAUUGUCCAACAUAAAUUUGCUCAAUAAAAC